CUUGGACAAUAUGCCGAGUACGAUCAGACUCUUCACACCGCUGCCACUUCCCCCUGACUGAAUUCGGGUGAUAUUUUACGCAGAGUGUGAAACGGCGCAUGGUGGUGUGUGAACCCUGAAACCCUGACAUGUGGACCGGACUCACCUGAGCGGACCAGAGGUUUCAUACAAGCCUGAACUUCCACAUUCUCAUUUGGGAGAUUAAUCCGGAUUUUGUUGCAUGAGGAUGGAUGUGCUCUGGACGAACUGCGUUUUCUUCCUGGCGUGUUGCUUUGGAUUGGGUUUGGGAAGUCCGAACAGAUGCGACGAAGUGCGUAAAGUUUUCCAACUCAGACAAAUUGGACCAAAUCAAUUACCGCCUUUAAGCCCCAGACCAGGCUUAGACCUUCAGGUGUGCACAUCCAAGAACCUGACCUGCUGCACCAAAAAGAUGGAGGAGAAGUACCAGGUUGCAGCUCGUAGAGACAUCCAGAACCUCCUUCAGAUGUCCAGCUCCAGUCUCAAGUUUCUCAUCUCACGUAACGUGGCUACUUUUCAAGAGGCCUUUGAGGUACUGAUGAGGCAGGCGGAGAACCAUACUAACGCUGUCCUUCAGGGGUCAUACCGGACCAUGGCAGACCAGACCAUAGGCCCCGUACGGGAACUCUUCACCGACAUCGGCCUCUUCCUGCUCGGGUCAGAGCUCAACGUCGAUGACAUAGUACAGCGAUUCUUUGACGCUCUGUUUCCACUGGUCUACAAUCACCUGAUCAACCCGGGUCUCAGUGACGUAUCUCCAGGUUACGCUGAGUGUAUAAGAUCUUCAAGUCGUGAUGUGAGGCCGUUUGGUGGGGUGCCCAGCCUCCUGUCUGACCAGAUUACCCGUUCUGGGAUCUCUGGAAAGCUUCUGCUUCAGGCCCUGCAUCUUGGCAUUGAAGUCAUCAAUACAACAGACCACUUGCAGCUAAGUCGAGAGUGUAGACGAGCCCUUCUCAAGAUGCACUACUGUCCUCACUGCCAGGGCUUAACUCAGUCCAAGCCUUGCAUGGGCUACUGCCUCAAUGUGAUGCGGGGCUGUUUGGCAAGCAUGGCUGAGAUUGACGCCCACUGGAGGGAGUUUGUUCGCUCGCUGGAGGGCCUGUCAGCACGGAUGCAAGGACCGCAGGAUUUGGAGCAAGUCCUUCUAGGAGUUCAUACACUGGUUCACGAUGCUGUUGGACAUGCUCAGAAAAAUGGACCCCGCCUCUCAGCACAGGUGCAUAAAUUGUGUGGCCCGCCAAGCAGGAGGCCUGCGCAGUCUGUCAGCAUUCAGCGCAGCAGCAGCAGCAGAGAGUCUCUCCCUCUAAAAAACCCGGUCAGAGUGUCAGGUGAUUCUCUGGCAAUCAGAAGGAAGGACUUUCUGAGCAGUUUACGUCUCUAUCGUACGUAUUACGGUGGCCUGGCGGAUCAGCUGUGUGUAAGUGAGCUGACUCCUGGUGAUGGACUGUCCUGCUGGAAUGGAACCAACAUCGUCAAAAGUUAUACCCUCCGAGUGGUGGGCAAUGGGAUCAAGGCUCAGAGUACCAACCCUGAAGUCAAAGUGAAGGAAGCAGACCCUGUGAUAAACCAGAUUAUUGACAAACUGAAACACAUCAAUCAGCUGCUGCAGGGAAAGUCCAUUCCUAAACUGGGGACACUGGAUCAGAUAGAAACAGGAAGUGGAGACGCAGAGGGACGCUACAGUGGCGACUGCGACGACGAGGAUGGCUGUGUCGGUUCAGGUGGUGGCGAAGUAAAGAGGAAAGUCUCCAGGGUGUCUAAAUUGAGUCCAGAUGUGACCAGUGAUCACAAACAUCAUCAUCAUCAUCAUCAUUCUCCAUCUGCCGAGGAUUCUGAAACGGACGGCAGAUCCAGGAGUCAAGGAUUGACAAGAGCCAUCUGGGUCUUGAUACUGCCUUGUUUACAUCUGCUCCUGCACUUGUAACAGCUGCUUUUUUGCAGCAUGAAACUUUUGAGACUUGAUUUCAAGCCUAUUUAUCAAGAAAUGAAAUGGCCAAUGGACGUAAAAAGGCUCCAUUAAUUUGAGGGAGCACCGCUUCCACACGGUGCAGGACACAGGGUAGGAGUGAACACUAUUGACUGUGUAUUAAGUACAAGACACUGUGGCUCAUGUCCAAGCAUAUGCGUUAGCUUUGAGAAUAUUUACAGGGUUUCCACAGGGUCUUAAAAAGUCGAAAAGUAUUGAAUUUACAAAUCUGCAUUUAAUACCUUAGAAAAAUCUUUAAAGUGUAUUAAAUUUGAUAUGGUAGGUCUUAAGUUAUAUUGUCAUAAACCUGUU